CAAGUACGAGUGGCACGCGCUUGAAUUGUUCUCUAGCAGAGCCGUUAUGUGUGGAUCAAAUGGGUAGUUGAGGCAUAGAUUAUAGAUGGGACAUCCGCAUUUAUGUCUUUUCCAGAUACUGAAUAUUUCCUUGCUAAAGAUCUUCCGCAUAAUUGUUUUCAAAGUUGAUCCCAGGAGCCCAAAAGUUUGUUUGUCAUGCAAUUCUUGGAAUUGGGUCGUAGAAAGGUUUCACCUUCUGUAAAACCGGAGUGCUAAUGAUGAACAUUUAGGCUUUCUGGCUGACCCUUUUGUUCCCUUGUGAGGAUUAUUGUGGUGGCAAUUUGAGGUGAUUUAAAAGCAAGGCUUUUAGAAAUGGCUAUAAUCAGUACAAUUAUGGGUGUUUUUGGGUUUGGAAUCGGAAUCACCAUUGGGCUUGUGAUCGGAUAUUUUCUCUUCAUCUACGUCCAACCAACUGAUGUCAAGGAUCCUGAUAUCCGGCCCUUGGUUGAGCAAGAAACUCAAAAUCUCCAGAAGAUGCUACCAGAAAUACCCCUUUGGGUAAAAAAUCCAGAUUAUGAUCGUCUUGAUUGGCUCAACAAAUUUAUUGAAACUAUGUGGCCUUAUUUGGAUAAGGCUAUUUGCAAGACUGCAAAGAAAACAGCGGAGCCCAUCAUAGCCGAACAGAUACCAAAAUACAAAAUUGAAUCGGUUCAGUUUGAAGCACUGACUUUGGGCUGUCUGCCUCCUACAUUUCAAGGCAUGAAAGUAUAUUCCACUGAAGAGAAAGAAUUGAUUAUGGAACCAGCCUUGAAAUGGGCUGGUAAUCCUAACAUAACUGUUGUUGUCAAGGCAUUUGGAUUGCGAGCAACCGUUCAGGUGCUUGACUUGCAAGUAUUUGCCUCUCCACGUAUCACACUGAAGCCACUUGUUCCAAGCUUCCCUUGUUUUGCGAAGAUAUUAGUUUCUCUGAUGGAAAAGCCUCACGUUGACUUUGGAUUGAAACUGUUGGGGGCUGAUGCUAUGUCUAUUCCUGGUCUGUACAGGUUUGUUCAGGAGCUUAUUAAAGAUCAGGUUGCAAAUAUGUAUCUGUGGCCAAAAACACUAGAAGUACAAGUAUUGGAUCCUGCUAAAGCAAUGAAGAAACCGGUUGGAAUCCUUGCUGUGAAGGUGUUGAGGGCAAUGAAGCUUAAGAAGAAAGAUCUUUUGGGUGCUUCAGACCCUUAUGUGAAGCUAAAACUUAGUGAAGACAAACUUCCUGCGAAGAAGACAACUGUGAAACAGAAGAACUUGAAUCCUGAAUGGAAUGAAGAAUAUAACUUUGUUGUGAAGGAUCCACAAUCUCAAGUUCUGGAUGUUUCUGUCUACGAUUGGGAACAGGUUGGCGUCCAUGACAAGAUGGGAAUAAAUGUCGUCCCUCUGAAGGAGCUUGCACCUGAUGAGCCAAAAGUUGUGACGCUUGAUCUUCUCAAGAAUCUAAACCCGAAUGAUCCUCAAAAUGAGAAGUCACGGGGGCAGCUUGUUCUUGAAGUGCUGUACAAACCAUUCAAGGACGAUGAGAUGCCCGAUGACAUUGAAGACUCAAAUUCAAUACAAAAGGCUCCAGAAGGAACUCCUGAGAGUGGUGGCCUGCUCGUAGUUAUAGUCCAUGAAGCUCAAGAUUUGGAAGGGAAGCAUCAUACAAAUCCAUCUGUAAGGUUGCUUUUUAGGGGCGAGGAGAGAAGAACCAAGCCAGUGAAGAAAAAUAGAGAUCCAAGGUGGGAAGAGGAGUUCCAAUUUAUGUUGGAUGAACCACCCACUGAUGACAGGAUUCAUGUGGAAGUUGUUAGCACUUCAUCAAGGAUGGGCCUGCUUCAUCCCAAGGAAAUUCUUGGCUAUGUGGAUAUAUAUCUCGCAGAUGUUGUCAGCAAUAAGCGUAUGAACGAGAGAUACCACCUCAUUGACUCGAAAAAUGGUCGUAUUCAGAUUGAACUGCAAUGGAGAACUUCAGGUUGAGAUGCUACUCUAUUAUCACUACUGUAUCGUAUAGCCUUGCACGAACUCUCUCUCUCUCUCUCGUUUGCCUGCAUGGUAUGCCCAAGUGCAAAACUUUACUUUCAUUUAGUUGUCCAAUUUGUCAAUAGAUCUAGACCCCUUUUUUUUUUUUCCCCCUGUUUUCAUGACAGUAACUCCUAGCAUUUACAUCAGUUUAAAUGUAUGCAAAUCGCUCUGACAAUCGAGUUACCCUUCAAGCUUUUUGUAACACAUAUAUGUGUGAUGGAUUGCAAUUUAUGAUAUGGUAUACAAGAAGGUUUUUAGCGGAUUCAA